AUGCAGGCAAGUGUUGAGUUGAAAGAUGUUAUAACAAUAUCAGAUGAUGAGAAAUCUGGGCAAAGUGGAUUUAAACAAAACAAGUUAAAGGUAUUGUAGUCUUGCAUGUAUUAGUUUGUUAUCCACGGCCUAUCCAAGAUAAAUUUUGUAUGAACAAUAUGGAUUAAUUGGGAUUAUUUAGAACAAGACUGUACACAUUUAUUAAUUAUAAAAAUAUUAAAUCACUGUUGUAAUUUUAACAAAAAUCACUUACCCUAUAUUUUAUUUUUUAUUUUUAGCUAGAAAAAACUCGGUGUCCUAGUCCGACAUAUUCAAAUAUCGAUUUUAGUUCGUCAGAAAGGUUUGCUUACAUUCUUUGUAAUUUUAUAUAUUACAUUAUUUUCUUGCAAGCCGCUACACUACUGGUAUAUUGAUUGGCAAUGAAAUAAAUGGCAUUCAUGCUGGCGAUGACUUUUUUGAUUUUGUUAAUGCAACCUAUUUCAUGAAUUUUACAGUAUUUCAGUGGCCUGGAAGCUGAUUUGUAGUAGUAGCUUAAGGGGCCGAUUACAUGGAGAACUUUCAAGCCCGGGGUUGAACUCAGCCCUGUUAACCGGGUUGAAAUUUUUUGCGAUUACAUGGACGAUUUCAACCCCGGGGUUGAAGCGCUAUACUACAGUAUAGGUUCUCGGCAUCGAUUCCCGGAAGUAAAAAAGCCUUUAUUUUGUUUUCUUGUAAUGAAUAGUCACUACCACGUAUGCUCGAAUAAGUCAUGAUAAUUUCAGCCCUGGGUUGAAACGAUUACAUGACAAAAUUUUCAACCCAGGGCUGAGUUAAACCCCGGGGUUAACCCCGGUGUUAACCCCGGGGUUGAACUCAGCCCUGGGUUGAAAAUUUUGUCAUGUAAUCGCGCGUUUGAUUUUUAUAAAGUUUUGUAUUACAGACAGGGCUGAAAUUUCAACCCGGUAAACAGGGCUGAGUUCAACCCCGGGGUUGAAAAUGCUCCAUGUAAUCGGUCCCUAAAUUGUUGGUGUGAAAUUUGUUUGAUCGAACUUUAAAAAAUGCUUUUAGGGUGGGGUGUAAUGUUAUUUUCAUACUGUAGGGCUUCUUCAACCGAAUCAAGUAGUGACGAUUCCUCAGUUGACCAAAUUCUUCGGAAACAAAAUCGGCCUGCUUCCAAAAAAUCGAAACGAAGGUAAUUUACGACAUAGUGUACAUAAUUUAUUGCAACUUGUCUUAAAGUUUCGUUGCAACGCAUUGCAAUGUGAUUUCAAUGCAACGGUGUCUCGCAGUAUUUCUGAUUUUCUGUAGUUGAAGCACGGGAGCGUUUCGGACGCACCGAAAAACAGGUAUAAAAAUAAUGCUUCCAAAGCAAUGCUCUAAAUUACAUGCUUGUUACUUUUCAUUGCAGGGGCAGACUUGAUAAUUCAAGUAGCUCGAGCGAUGAUGACAACGAAUGCCGCAAACAAAGAAAAAUUGGACCAUUGUCAUGGAGUGGCAUAAAAGUUGAAAAAGUUGAUCAAGUGCCAGCGGGAAUUGAUGGUUUAAAGCGUUAUGAAUUAGCCAAUGAUAAAGCUAAUAUAAAAGAUGGGAGACGUUGGAAAAAAGCCUCACAAUCCCAAUGGAAUGGCUAUGAAAGUGUUCGUUAUCGUGAUUGCUGGGGGUCGCUUCAAUGUCAAAAUGAACAAUGUGAUUUUAGGAAAGAAUAUGGUGUUACGAACAGGACUCAUUUUGACGGGAAAAGUAAUUCUUGUAACGUAUGUGGAAUGGAGGGAACAUAUAUAUAUCCUGUUUGGCUCGAAAGUAUAUUGUAAAACAGUCGAGGAAGUUGUUCGUAUACCAUUAUGGAGAGCACACAUGUCCGUACAUACCAGGUGGUAAUCGUGCAACCGAAGAUGUCCAACGCAAGGUUGCCGAAAACCCAGAUGCUACUCCUGCGCAAAUACAAAGUAGUCUCAUAUUAUCAAAAAUGAGGGAAUGUCGUGAUUGGUUAGAAGUCGAACAAGCUGCUAUUUCUCUUUCUGACAAAAAAUGGAUUUCCACCGAAAAACAGAAAAUGAAAAAAGCAACGAACCACUUGGUAAUGAUUUUGAAGCUGUGGCCCAUUACAAGCAAUAUACGGAUGUCCGUGAUCCCUACUAUCUCUAUAAAUUAAGCUAUGGUGGAAAGAAAAUGAUAGGAAAUCAUUUGUCUUCAAGACUAGCAAACUCAAAGCAAAGUUCGCGUUAAAUAUGGACCAAUCAGGCGAGCACAUAUUAAAUAACGAAUUCUGUUACUUUGAUGGGAAAGUAAAAAGAUGUAAGGGAUUUGUGUCCCUUACUGCCAGUGUGUACCACCCCCUGAUGAGGAAGCUUGUUCCCUUGGCAACUAUGGAGUGUAAUGGGGAAAACACCUCGACGAUUUCCUUGUUUUGGAACACUUUCAAUGACGUGCUAAAGAAAGAAAGCGGUAAUGAUAGUUACGUUUUUAAUCCACGUGGGUGGAUUACCGACAUGGCGGGAGCCAACAUGGAAGGUAUAAAAACUGUGUUUGGUACAUCUGCCGUGGAUCGCAUUAAAACAUGUGAAUUUCAUUUUAAAGACUGUAGAAACAGACAGGCCCGAAAAUUGGACGAACAUGCAAAAGACCAAUUCAAGAGAAUGUGUAAUGCGCUGAUUGAAGCUGAAAGUCCAGGGGGAUAUGAAGCAGCGAAAGAAAACAUUGAAAAUUUUAUUAGAAGUGAUGACAAACUGAGUUUCCUUCAAUCAUGGUUCGAUUGGUGGGACAAAAGGAGAAACCUUAUUUCCCCAGCAUACUUACAUGUCCGUGGCGGCUCUAAAAUGAAUCAGGCCGAGGCCAUUCAUACAAGCUGGGUUAAGCGAGACCGAAUGAACCUUUCCCUUUUAGAUGCGGCACAGGCAGACGUGCGGGAUAAUGUUCUGCUUGAAGUAGAUUACAAAGCAUUUCAGAAUGGUUCAGGAAAAGGUGGGAAGGGUCCGUCAAUCCAAACUCAAACAAUGAGAGAUAAUGCAAUCCAGAUGAAUAGAGCCCGUAAUCUUGGCCUUGAGCUGAUUAGGGAAGAUAUCGCGGAUACUGACAGGAUUCGAGUCUCUGAGCAUUCAGCGUCUUCAAAUCCUCACGACAGGCACAAUGGGAGUGUUCAACGUGGACCUCGGCGAUCAGAUGGAGAAAGAAAUGGACGAUAUAGGCCAACACGCAGCAAAACAUUCCUGAAUAGGCUACGAAACGCAAAAGAGGAAAAGGAUACUAUAAAAGUAAAAGACCCAGUCACAGUGACUGAAAAAGAUUUUGAGAGGAGUUACACUUUAGUGACAAAUUCAUUUGCAACUUACAAGGUAAGCAUUGGCAAAAAGCACUCCUGCCAAUGCAUGGACUUUUCCAAAAAUGAGGGCAAAGAAUUGUGCAAGCAUAUCAUUUCGAUUCUUCUGUAUGUUUGUCGAAUGCCUGAAGAAAGUGAACUUUUACAGCAGGUUUUUUUAACAGAUGCAGAAUGUUCUGAAAUUUUCGGGAAUAUACCACCGGUGCCAAACGGAUUGAAAUAUGUUCCUGGUGCAAGGAAUCAAAGUAGACAAGACAUUGUGGCGAGUCUUUUGCUGAACGACCGAAGAAAUUGUCAACCAAGAGUAUGGGUUUUGAAGAGAAAGGAGAUGCAAAGAGGAACAAUUCCCCGUUGCCGUUGCUGUAGGAAAGAACAGCAUGAUGGUGAUUUAUGCGUUUCAGUCGUCGGGUUAUAUGUGCCAUACGAGCAGAAUUUUGUGGUGGAAACAACGUUUUAUUUUUGUCCUUCUGCGAACUGUGUAAGACACAUCCCUCCAUGGAUCAAUUUGACACCGCCAUCUGGAAUAACAGUGGACAGCUCGGUGACGCGCGAAGAAAUUGAAAACCUGAGAGAUUCGCCUCUUAAAGACUUAUUAAUUUUAUAA